AAUCACUGCGGGACGUGGCGGAUUGCGCUGCCGGAAGUUUCUUGAAGUAGGCCCGGCGGCUGACCCGAGCUUCCGUGUUGGUCGCGCGCCUUCUUGUGGCUAAGAUGGCGGCGGAGCAUCCCGAACCUCCCAAAGGAGAGUUGCAGUUGCCACCGCCUCCACCUCCAGGCCACUAUGGAGCCUGGGCUGCCCAGGAGCUUCAGGCCAAAUUGGCAGAGAUAGGAGCGCCGAUCCAGGGGAGUCGCGAGGAGCUAGUAGAGCGGCUGCAGACCUACACCCGCCAGACUGGCAUCGUGCUGAAUCGACCAGUUUUGAGAGGAGAGGAUGGGGACAAAGCCGCUCCUCCUCCUAUGUCAGCGCAGCUGUCUGGAAUUCCUAUGCCACCACCACCUAUGGGACUCCCCCCUCUACAGCCUCCUCCGCCACCCCCACCACCUCCACCAGGCCUUGGCCUUGGCUUUCCUAUGGCUCACCCACCAAAUCUGGGGCCCCCACCACCUCUUCGAGUGGGUGAGCCUGUGGCACUGUCAGAAGAGGAACGGCUGAAGCUGGCACAGCAGCAGGCAGCUUUGCUGAUGCAGCAAGAGGAACGUGCCAAACAGGCAGCCGUGUUAAUGGAGCAGGAACGGCAGCAGGAGAUCGCCAAGAUGGGCACCGCAGUCCCUCGGCCUCCUCAGGAUAUGGGGCAACUGGGUGUCCGUACUCCUCUGGGGCCUCGAGCUGCUCCAGUAGGCCCUGUAGUUCCCACACCUACUGUUUUGCCCAUGGGGGCACCUGUUCCUCGUCCUCGGGGUCCCCCCCCACCCCCUGGAGAUGAGAACAGAGAGAUGGAUGAUCCUUCUGUGGGCCCCAAGAUCCCCCAGGCUUUGGAAAAGAUUCUGCAGCUGAAGGAGAGCCGUCAGGAAGAGAUGAACUCUCAGCAGGAGGAAGAAGAAAUGGAGACAGAUACUCGCUCAUCUCUGGGACAGUCAGCAUCAGAGACAGAGGAGGACACGGUGUCCAUAUCCAAAAAAGAGAAAAACCGGAAGCGUCGGAACCGAAAGAAGAAGAAAAAGCCACAGCGGGUACGGGCAGCCUCAUCAGAGAGCUCUGGGGAUCGAGAGAAAGACUCAGGUCGGUCCCGAGGCUCUGACUCCCCGGCUGCCGAUGUGGAGAUUGAAUACGUGACUGAAGAGCCUGAAAUCUACGAGCCCAACUUCAUCUUCUUCAAGAGGAUUUUUGAGGCUUUCAAGCUAACUGAUGAUGUGAAGAAGGAAAAAGAAAAGGAGCCAGAGAAGCUUGACAAGAUGGAGAACUCUGCAGUCCCCAAGAAGAAGGGCUUUGAGGAGGAGCACAAGGACAGUGAUGAUGACAGCAGUGAUGAUGAGCAGGAAAAGAAACCAGAAGCCCCUAAGCUGUCCAAGAAGAAGUUGCGCAGAAUGAAUCGUUUUACUGUGGCAGAACUCAAGCAGCUGGUGGCUCGACCUGAUGUUGUGGAGAUGCAUGAUGUGACAGCACAGGACCCUAAGCUCUUGGUUCACCUCAAGGCCACCCGGAACUCUGUCCCUGUGCCACGCCACUGGUGUUUUAAGCGCAAGUACCUUCAAGGCAAACGGGGCAUUGAGAAGCCCCCCUUUGAGCUGCCAGACUUCAUCAAACGCACAGGCAUUCAGGAGAUGCGAGAGGCCCUGCAGGAGAAGGAAGAACAAAAGACCAUGAAGUCAAAAAUGAGAGAGAAGGUUCGGCCAAAGAUGGGGAAGAUUGAUAUAGACUACCAGAAGCUUCACGAUGCCUUCUUCAAGUGGCAGACCAAGCCGAAGCUCACCAUCCAUGGGGACCUUUAUUAUGAGGGGAAGGAGUUUGAGACCCGGCUGAAGGAGAAGAAGCCUGGAGAUUUAUCUGAUGAGCUAAGGAUUUCCUUAGGGAUGCCAGUAGGACCUAAUGCCCACAAAGUCCCUCCUCCGUGGCUGAUUGCCAUGCAGCGAUACGGGCCACCCCCAUCCUACCCAAACCUGAAAAUCCCUGGACUGAAUUCACCUAUCCCUGAGAGCUGUUCCUUUGGAUACCAUGCUGGGGGCUGGGGCAAACCCCCAGUGGAUGAGACUGGGAAGCCACUUUAUGGGGAUGUGUUUGGAACCAAUGCUGCUGAGUUUCAGACCAAAACUGAAGAGGAAGAAAUUGAUCGGACCCCCUGGGGAGAACUGGAGCCAUCUGAUGAAGAGUCCUCAGAAGAAGAGGAAGAGGAGGAAAGCGAUGAAGACAAGCCAGAUGAGACUGGCUUUAUCACACCUGCAGACAGUGGCCUCAUCACUCCUGGAGGAUUCUCAUCCGUGCCAGCUGGAAUGGAGACCCCUGAACUCAUUGAACUGAGGAAGAAGAAGAUUGAGGAGGCGAUGGAUGGAAGUGAGACACCUCAGUUGUUCACUGUAUUGCCAGAGAAGAGAACAGCCACUGUUGGGGGAGCCAUGAUGGGAUCCACCCACAUUUAUGACAUGUCCACGGUUAUGAGCCGGAAGGGCCCAGCCCCUGAGUUGCAAGGUGUGGAGGUAGCGCUGGCGCCUGAGGAAUUGGAAUUGGACCCCAUGGCCAUGACCCAGAAGUAUGAGGAGCAUGUUCGGGAGCAGCAGGCACAAGUAGAGAAAGAGGACUUCAGCGACAUGGUGGCUGAGCAUGCUGCUAAACAGAAGCAAAAGAAACGGAAAGCUCAGCCCCAGGACAGUCGUGGGGGCAGCAAGAAAUACAAGGAAUUCAAAUUUUAGGUCCUUCUCACAUACCUGGCCUUGCUUUAGGCCCUUUGUGUGUUUGGGAUUUGUGUGUGGGUCUCCAAAGCCAGCUCUGUACUCCCUAGGCUUGUCACUGUGUCUGGGCUUUCUAUGUGGGUCCCCAAAGCCAGCUCUGUACUGCCUAGGCUUGUCACUUCCUGUUCUCAUUUUAGACUUGUUUUGUAAAUAAAGCUGUCUCCCAAGGAAGAAUGAAUACAAGCACUCUUGAACCUCUCUUUUUUAGCUUCUGCAAAAACAUACUUGCCCAUAAUCACAGACUGCCCCAUAGAACUAUGGGACUGUAGUUGCUGAACUGAACUUGUGGAUAAUUCACUAUCCCCUACCCCUCCUAUGUGUGAAGGCUAUGAGGAAAAUACUUUUAGGUCUGGUCUGACCUUACUGCUUUGUCCGUGGGGAAUAAAAAUAGCCAGCUUAGCACCCUGGCUAGGCUGGGAAGUAACUGUAGGCUAGGGAAGUAGGCCAGGUCAGGCCUUCCUUAUUGACCUUGUGGCAGAAAUGCCUAUUUCUUGCCUAUUGGAGAACACCUAUAUCUAAAUAAAGUCUAAAUUGUUCUG